GGGUUCAUACCCCUUGGUUCCUCCUAGACUGUCUGGAAAGUUCUAUGUCCUUCUUCAAGCGCUCGUUAAAUCCCAGACUGCGAGACAACGUGGACUUCAAGCAGCCUCGCCGAAAGCUCAUAUUCUCAUAUAUGCUCGGAUACGAGUGUGAUUGGUGCACAACAACAGGAUUGAGUAGCAGCUAAGUAAGGCUAGCGGAGAGCUUUAACCAGCGUCAGUGAGCUAGCUAGUGUUGACAUUAGUCAGGGUGUUGACUGCUGCACUCGGCGUGGUUUGAGAAGUGAUUAGCUUUAGCCGCCACUGCUGUAGCCAGCGUAACUUAGCUUUGAAUUGUGGUGCAGAUCAAAGUAGGAGGAGGAAAUCUGCUGCAUGACAAUGACUGCAGAGGAGCAGACAAGUGAAGGACAGCACACCAUCCCAAUGGAGGGAGAGGACAUCACACCAAAGAAAGACGGGGGUGUUUUAAAGUUGGUGAAAAGGGAAGGCACAGGCACAGAGCUGCCUAUGACCGGUGACAAAGUGUUCGUACAUUAUGUUGGCACACUUCUGGAUGGUACUCACUUUGACUCAAGCAGAGACAGAGGAGAAAAGUUUUCUUUCGAGUUAGGCAAAGGUCAAGUAAUAAAGGCGUGGGAUAUAGGCGUAGCCACAAUGAAAGUGGGGGAGUUGUGCCAGCUCGUCUGUAAGCCAGAGUAUGCCUAUGGAUCUGCAGGCAGCCCACCCAAGAUACCCCCCAAUGCCACUCUUGUCUUUGAGGUGGAACUGUUUGAAUUUCUAGGCGAGGACAUAACUGAUGAUGAGGAUGGAGGAAUCAUCCGUCGCAUCAUCACUAAAGGCCAGGGGUAUUCUAAGCCUAAUGAAGGAGCUGCCGUUGAAGUAACUCUGGAGGGCACCUGUGAGGGGCGUGUGUUUGACGAGAGAGAACUGAAAUUUGAGAUUGGUGAUGGAGAGAGUCUUGGCUUGCCAGCUGGAGUGGAGAAAGCUAUCACAGCUAUGGAGCAGGGAGAGGAGGCCAUCUUCAAUAUUAAGCCUAAAUAUGGCUUUGGAAAUGCAGGUAAUGCAAAGUAUAACAUUGCUGGUGGAGCAACACUGCAAUACAAGAUCAAGCUGGCAGCUUUUGAGAAGGCCAAGGAAUCAUGGGAGAUGAACACACUAGAGAAGCUGGAACAGAGCAGCAUUGUCAAAGAGAAGGGAACACAGUAUUUUAAGGAGGGAAAAUACAAGCAGGCAUCAGUUCAGUACAAAAGGAUUGUGUCAUGGCUGGAACAUGAAUCUGGUUUGCUGGAGGAGGACGAGAAGAAAGCGAAGGCUUUGCGGCUGGCUGCACAUUUGAACUUGGCCAUGUGCUCCCUUAAACUACAGGAGCCAAACCAAACCCUAGAAAAUUGUGAAAAGGCUCUGGAGUUAGAUGCAGCCAAUGAGAAGGCUUUGUUCCGACGGGGAGAAGCGCUGUUUAGUAUGAAGGAGUUUGACAGUGCAAGAGAUGACUUCCAGCGAGUUGUUCAGCUCUAUCCGGCCAACAAGGCUGCCAAGAGCCAGUUGGUUCUUUGUCAGAAACAUAUCAAGGAGCAGCAUGAGAAGGACAAACGCAUCUAUGCCAACAUGUUCCAGAAAUUUGCAGAGAGGGAUUCAAAGAAAGAAGCCGUUAGGGUGAAGAGUGACAGCAAGGAGAACUGCGAUGAUGAAAUGGAGGUUGAAAACGGAGAAAAGGAAGGCGCGAGUGAAGCAAAAGCGUAGAGGAAGACGUGGCUGCAUUACGGUUCAUCUGUACUUCAGAUUUUUGUAACUUCAGCUGUUUGUGUUUCAGGUGUGUGUGUGUGUAUAUGAUAUGUGUGUAUGAGAAUGAGCGUGUAAAACAAGGGCACUGACUUUGGGCGUGUCUUUGCUGGCUUUCUUUGUGUCUGGGCUUUUUGCUGUGGCAGCCGGCCAAGCGGGUGUGGGCUUCCCCAGCUGAUGGCACUGAGGGACGUGGUUUCAAUAAAUGACCUGAGUGCCGCCACCCCAACCCCCCCGAACCCUUUCAACCCACAGCUUUGAAAUGUGCAUGUGUCGUCACAGCGUUUUGGUAGGAAAAAAGUGCAUCCCAAUUGUUAAGUGCAGAAAUUCAAACCCUCACCCGUCAAGGGCUAGACCAUUCACCUUGCACCACCUUCCGUCCUUUACCCUUCCUUUCGUUCUUGCUAUCCAUCCAAUCCUCCUCUCAUGGGCCUACUGAUCAAUUCCUGGAGUUGUGAUGGCUGUGUGCAUUAAUAUGAUGUGUCUGAAUAUUAGAGUGCCUGUGUCCCAAAGUACGUAUGUAGCAGCACUGUGGAUAGGUGGAAUGAUGAGACGUUUUCCUGGAAUAACUGUUGGAGUUCGAGCUUCUCACUCAGUCUAAAGAUGGAGCUCCCCUAUAGCCCAGAGGGUACGGGAAUGUUCACCUUUGCUAUGACUUUGUACUUUCUUUUUUUUCCCAGUGUUGUGCUUGUGAUUUCUGUAUUGUUCUCAAAAAUGAUGAAUACAACCAAUUACUUAACUGGAAUAUGUGCAUUUUAAAGCAGCUACAGUAGAAAGGACAUGAAAUAGCUCCUCCUGGACACGCGCAAGUAAUAAACAGAUAAGUCUUAGUCUUAAUUUACUGUAAAAAGUACAUGUAUAAUCAGAUUCAGGCUGUUAAAGACUAUGCCAGGGGAAGAUGUAAGCCAUGUUCGGUUUAUUCAGCAGCACCUGUAGAGAGGAGCAGAAACUGAACUGAGGGGCUAAAUUAAAACAGGCCUGUGGGUCGUGUGUUCACUGUUUGGUCUGCCCUUUAUAGAAGGAUAUAAUAAAGGAUAUAAUAAACAAUAA